AUGGAAACAAGCAGCCAUGACAGAGAUGAUGGUCAACGCCGCUUCGACGUUCGAAAUCCUGCUACUGCCAAUGCUGCGCAACAGUGUAUGGCAGUCUCAGUCGCGAGUCCGGCGCCACAGAGUGCAGCUCAUGCGCAACCGCAGCAGCGCACCCGGGAUUCUGUAAACAUUAGUUUCGAUCAGCUGUUUGAGUCUUUUUCGCAAACUUCGGGUAUGGGGGAUCUGUUUACUCUCGAAAACCCGGCUGCAGCCGGACCGAAGGUCCAGAUUCAGCCCUCAUACGAGAAUUUGUUUUGGCAGCAGAAGUUGGGCUUCGGAUUACAACCCGUCCAUCCAGCUAAUUUCUGCCUACCGGGGAAAGAUGAUGCCGUUGCCACCUCCUGCCCUUUCCUCAAGUGUACCAGGCUCGACCGGCUCGACCAGGAGGAUGUCAAGUUCCUGGAACAACGAGGAUGCUUUACACUACUCCCCAAGGCCGUUUUGGACGUGUUUAUGAAGCAGUAUUUUCUUUAUAUACAUCCACUUCUUCCAAUCUUCAACGAGUGCGAAUUUUGGCGCCUCUACCAGCAGCCAGAAUGUGAGGAAAGCUCCGAACACCAGCUAUCGCUCUUCACCUUUCAGGCCAUGUUGGCCGCUUCCUCGAUGAAAGUUCCCAUUGGGGUCCUGUUGAGUAGCGGCUUUGCCUCUCAUCAGCAGGCAUGCUGGAUCUUGUUCCAACGUGCCAAGCAUCUUUACGAUUUCCGAACCGAGGAGGAUCCCUUAGCGAUCGCGCAGGGGUCCUUGAUGCUUUCCUUGAUCGCUCCAACGGAUAUACACCAAAGUGCUGCGAGGGUAUCGGUCGCCGGUCAAAGCAAAUCAGAGUUCGGCGUGGCCCAACGGUGCACAAAGACUUUGGCAUUGCUGCCUUAUCCGCGACCGGAUCCUUUCCCUAGCAUGCGCCGACCGCUUCAGAUCAGACCAGAGAGUUACGACGCCAGCACGGCCUUUGAGAGGGUUCCUGAGGGGGUGGCAACAGGCAAAGGCGAAUACAUGGGCUCUCUCAUCCACGAUGUUGACACGGAACGCUAUUUGGCCAAGAUCCAUUUUGCCUGUGUCCAAUUUGCCAUCAUGUUGACCGACCUCCUGAUGAUGGUGUAUCCUCAUGACAAUGCUGGAGUCACGCCCAUCGACUCGUUGAGCGACCACUCCGACUUUGUCUUGCGCGUGGAGAGGUGUCGGUCCGCUCUAGACAAGUGGUCCACCACUUUCCUGACCGAAUUCCCCGACUCCCCGCUCCCCGCCCACGAGGGAAACGUGGCUGUGUUCUUCCGGAGCCUUCUUCUUAUGUGCCAUAGUAGCGCUAGGAUUGCACUCCAUCAGCACGAAAUCACCGCAGCGUAUUUCUAUCCGGGCUAUAUCAAUGCGUACGACUCUCAGCGGCUGAGCGUGGCGAGAAGUAAUAUCUACGACAGCAUUCAGACCAUUUGCAACCUGACGAGAAGGCUACAAGUGCAGAACCUGCUCUCAAAACUUCCUCCGACCGCGCUGGCUUGCAUUGCCUACCCCUUUUUAAUCUUGAAGCUAAGCAUGACGCUGCAGUCGACCACACACACGCCUCCUCUGAUCAUCACCAUGUGGAACACUCUCCAAGAAUCCAUAGACUUUUACAAGUCUCAUUACGGCAUGCUGGAAAAGGUCUUCUCCUCGUCUUGGAAGCUGGUGCACAUGUCCAAUCAGGGACCAGGGCGUAGUACCACAACGAUCGAUCUAUGCUCCACUGGCUCGCAGCAGCACCUCGCGGUGAAGUUGCAGUGGUGUGACGACUUUAGGAGAAAUGUUGAAUUGUUGUUGCGGGCUUCCAUGGCGUUGGACUUGAACAUUGCAGAAGGGCCCAACAAUGGGACAACCGAUCGACUGCCCGUCAUCCUGUAG